UAUUACAGACUGCAUGCGAGUAGUCGAAUUCAGUUUCUGUUUGAAGGAGAAUUUGCUUCAUUUAUUCAGUUUCUGCUGUUUUUCGAAAAAUCCCGGCUAGCUCCUAUCUGAGGUCCUGCAGAAAAAGAGCUCGCGGUGGUAACGGUUCAAACUCUAAGGAUACUGUGUAUCUUUUAAUCCAAAAUACUGAGAUAUGAGCAACCAAGUCGACAACGUAUCAAUUGACUUACGAAAUUUAGAUAGGAUCAAUUUAUUGGGAGAGUUUGACAAGGAAAAUGGAGGGCAAAGAAGCACCAGUGCAAAGCCAGUAAAGGAAAUUAUCAAAGCACCAGCUAAUGGAAUGCAUAAGUGGAAUACAUUCUUCAUUAUUGUGUGUUCAUUUGCGGUCUUCAUUGAUCCUUUGUUCUGCUAUAUCAAUGUCAUUGUGGAAGACCAUAUGUGCUUCAUUUACGACAUGAAAUUGCUGUGGACAUAUAUUGGUCUGCGAAUGGUCGUUGAUGUCUUUUAUGCUGUUGACAUAAUCAUUUACUUUUGUGGAAUUUUUAAGAGACGUAAGGGUAAGAAACUUUGGGCAUGCUGGAAAUCAAGAAAUAAUCAAAAGAAUGAAGUUCCUUGGAAACAAGUAAUCAAAAGAUGGUACUCCAUGUUGUUACCCAUUCUACCUGGUAUAUUGGUUGCCCUUCCUAUUCCAGAGGUACUCCUACUCUCUAUAGUAAUGGUAUACUGGGAUCCUGUUUAUAUUGUUUUUACUUUCACCUCCAUCCAAUACAUGCUACGGAUCUUUCUUAUCUAUGGAUCACAAAGGUGGGGUCUUAUGAAAAAGACUGCAACGGGAAGAUGGCUUAAACCUUUGUUGGAUUUUCUUCCUUUUGUCCUUGCUUCUCAUCUAUUUGGAGCCUUGUGGUAUCGUCUUGCUGUACAAAGACAAAUAGAUUGUUGGAAGCCAUAUUGUAAAACUGUUCCAGGAAAUAGAUGUAAAAAAACGGGUAAUUUUCAAUGUGGAUACAACUAUCCGUUGGUCAACAUCACGCUAUUACAAGAAUUGUGCCCUACAAAAGAUGAAAAUUCAAAAGUCUUCGACUUGGGUAUAUAUUCUUAUGCUCUUCAUUCUAAUGUGACAAAUUCAUUAAAUCUUCCACGAAGAAUGUCACAAUCUUUUUGGUGGGCGCUUCGAAAUUUAAGUUCUUUUGGUUCAAACCUAAUUACCAGCACGCAACUCUUGGAGAUCAUCUUUUCGGUGGCGAUAUCUAUUAGUGGCAUGGCGCUAUUUUUGGUAUAUCUCAACGCAAGAGUGCAGGAAUCACUAGAAAGAUCAAGUCAGCUUAAACUGAAAGAAAAGCAUUUGACUAAACCGGAUAUAGAUUUGUGGUUAUCUAAAAAUGGUCUCUCUAACUUGAAGACAAUGACAAAGAGCUCUAUGGAUUUGAAGACAACGAACAAAACGAAAAAAGCUCUCAGGACGGUGAUUAUUGAAAACGUACACAAAAUUGAAGAAAACAAAGAUAUUGAUAUGCAGAAUAUCAUUUCUAUUCUUCCCAUAAAGUACAAAAAAAGCAUCAUGCGCCUUCUUUGUUUGGCUUCACUAAAGAAAGUGCCAAUGCUUGAGAAUUUGAAUGAGAAAAUGUUGAAUGUGAUUUGUGAGCAUCUAAAGCCAGUCAUUUACAUAGAAGACAACUACAUUAUUCAAGAGGGGAAACCACUUGGGAUGACACUAUUCAUCACGCAAGGCAUUGCAUGGAGUUACACGGUUAGUAAUAACAUUGGUGCAGAAACAAGCUGUGGUUCUUCAAGCAAUAAAUGGUUAAAGCGAGGUGAUUAUUAUGGAGAAGAGCUUUUGAAGUGGGCAUUCAAAUGUACCUCUUAUUCUGACUUACCCAUCUCAACUAGAACUGUUAUGUCCCAAGAAAAGGUCGAAGCAUUUGCUCUUAGAGCUAGCGACCUAAAAAGCAUUGUGUCAAAGUAUUGGUGGCAUUUUACUAGGGAGGUACCUCAAGUAGAUCUCGAUCAAUGGGAGAAUUCAGCAGCUUCUUCGAUACAAGCAGCCUGGUGCAGCCGUCGACUGGCAAGAGCUAGGCACUCAAAUGGCUGGGACAUAUUUACAGUAGAGAACUGAUUGCGAAGUAACCAACUGCCCUACUGUACGUUCGGUUUAAAGCACAAAAACUUUUUUUGUUUUUGAUUAAUUAGCUCUCUUGUUUAAUAAAAGGCUUUCAUAGGAAUCCUUGUUUAACGACUCUAGUGCCUCUUAAAUAUGUCAAUUAUUAUUGUACAUUUUCUGCA